AAUUAUUGUGAUUCCUUCUCUGUGAAAGUAAAACCCUGAGAAAACCAAAACCAAAAACAAAAACCCUUUCAAAAACCCUAGAAUUCGAUGGAGAAAUCAAAAUCAAUGAUUAUAAAAAAUGCAUUAUCAAAUACAAGUACUAAGACAUGGAUUGUUAUAGGUAUAGGAGUUGCAGGUAUUUUGAUCUAUAGUGAAACCAGAAGAAGAAGAAAUAAUCAAAAAGCAGUGAUCAAAGAAGAUUUCGGUGCUUUUGUACAUAGUUUUGAGAUUCUUCCUUUUCCUCAACCGCCUCCACCUGCAGCUCGUUUGCCGCUUUCUGGUCUUACUUUUGCCGUCAAUGACAAUUUUGAUAUUAAGGAGUAUGUGAGUGGGUUUGGGAAUCCAGAUUGGGAAAAAACCCAUGAUCCAGCCACAAAAUCAGCACUUGUUGUUACUUGGAUGCUUAAGAAUGGAGCUACUUUUGUUGGGAAAACUGUCAUGGAUGAAUUGGCAUUUGGAAUUACAGGAGAGAAUUUGCAUUAUGGUACACCUACAAACCCAUUAACUCCAUCUCAUAUUCCUGGUGGAUCAUCAAGCGGCUCGGCUGUGGCUGUUGCAGCUAAACUUGUCGACUUUGCUAUUGGUACUGAUACCUUGGGAUGUGUGAGAACCCCAGCAUCAUUCUGUGGGAUUCUAGGAUUCCGACCUUCACAUGGGGCUGUCUCUUCUAUUGGAGUUCUUCCAAAUGCACAGAGUUUAGAUACCAUUGGGUGGUUUGCUCGUGAUCCAUCCAUUUUACACCGGGCUGGCCAAAUUUUACUCCGGCUGUCACCAGGAGGGCUUAAAAAGGCCAAGCGUCUGAUUUUUGCUGAAGACUGCUUUCAGCUUUCUAAGGUUCCUAAGCAUAAAUCAGUACAAGUUGUUAAGAAAUCAACCGAAAACCUUUCUGGAUAUUUACCACCAAAGAAUGUAAAUAUUGGUCAAUAUAUAGCUUCAAAUGUGUCAAGCUUAAAAGGAUUUUACGAGCCCUCUGCAAACCUGCAACAUGGAACUUCAACUUUGAAGGCUUUGUCUAAUGUCAUGGUACUUCUGCAGAGAUAUGAAUUCAAAACAAAUCAUGAAGAGUGGAUUGAGACAGCUAAGCCCAAGUUAGGGCCUGAGAUUUCUGUCCGUGUACUUGAAGCAGCUAAAGCCACCCAUGAGAACAUUAAAACCUUUUACAAGGUCAAGACUGAACUACGAUCUGCGCUCCAGAGCCUUCUACAGGAUGAUGGAAUACUAGUAAUUCCAACAAUAUCAGAUUUAUCGUUAAAACUUAAUGCAAAGAAGAAACUGUGCACUGAGUUCCAAGAUAGAGCUUUUGCACUAUUGAGCAUUGCAGGGAUGUCUGGUUGUUGCCAGGUGACUAUCCCACUAGGGAUGCAUGAUGGUUGUCCUGUGUCAGUUUCAUUGAUAGCGUCUCAUGGAGCAGAUAAGUUUCUUCUUGAUACUGUUUUGGAUAUGUAUUCAUCUCUACAAGAGCAAGUGACCAUUGCCUCAAAUUCUUCACCACUACCAGACACCGACGGAGAUAUGGAUACUUCAGAACUCUUGAAAGAAAAGGGCAAUGCUGCAUUCAAGGGAAAUCAAUGGAACAAAGCUGUGAACUACUAUACUGAAGCUAUCAAGCUGAAUGAUUCAACCGCAACCUACUACUGCAACCGAUCUGCUGCUUAUCUAGAAUUAGGAUGCUAUCAAGAAGCUGAAGCAGAUUGUACAAAAGCAAUAUCAAUUGAUAAAAAGAACGUGAAAGCAUAUUUAAGACGAGGAACUGCAAAAGAAAUGUUAUUCUGCUACAAAGAAGCUGCGGAAGAUUUCAAGCAUGCUCUUGUCCUUGAACCACAGAACAAGGUUGCAAAAGUCGCAGAGAAAAGACUCAGAAAAUUAUCAGGAUGAUCUCAUUUUGCAGAUGAUGUAUAUAGUCGAGAGAACUUUUAGGUGCCAAAUCCAGCUCAGUCUGGAAAUUUUUGUGUUAACUACCUGCAGUUCUGACGCUUGGCCGAGCAGGUGAUUGUGUUCCAGUGUGUUCACUUUUGAAUCUGUAAUUACAUGAACCCAGUUUCAUACUUGCUUGGGGGGAAUAUUAGUCAGUAACAGCUCUUGAUUCAAGGAAUUUCAAAAUCUGUAUGGUAUGGUGCUGUAUUUAGUCACACUGAGUCUGCUAUUUUUCUAUUUUGUGAGCUAAAUUUUGGAACAUCUAGAGGUUAUUAAGAUACAGGGUUCUCGGUGCUUUCAGUCUCA